AUGGGCUGUAUUCAGAGCAUUGCAUGUAAGCCCCGCAUCAGACGGGAGAACAUUGUGGUGUAUGAGGUGUCAGCCUCUAUUGACCAGUGUCCCACCAUCAUUGAGGAGAAUUCACCGAUUGUGCUCCGCUAUAAGACACCUUACUUUAGGGCCUCAGCGGGGGUGGUGAUGCCUCCAGUGCCCCGCAACGAGACCUGGGUGGUGGGCUGGAUCCAAGCCUGUACUCAGAUGGAGUUUUACAACACAUAUGGGGAUAUUGGCAUGUAAGUUUUUGCCUCAGCUGGCGUGGUGUUUCACGUGCACACCUCUUUCUACUUCUUUUAAACCCUCAUAAAACAUCUCACCAAAACCUUGAAUCUCCCAUCCAUUAACAUCCUUUAAACUUUUGUUUCUGUCCUUUUCUGUUUCCUGUCUGCAGGUCCAGCUGGGAGCUACCAGAGCUGCGAGAGGGUCGGGUCAAGGCCAUCAGCGACUCAGACGGAGUCAGCUACCCCUGGUACGGUAACACCACUGAGACAGUCACUCUAACCGGGCCCACAUCCAAACCAUCCCGUCUGACGGUCAGCAUGAACGACAACUUCUACCCCAGCGUGACCUGGGCGGUGCCCAUCAGCAACAGCAACACACCCAUGCUGACCCACAUCACCCGGGAUCAGAGCUUUAUCACCUGGCUGGUGGCCAUGAACUCUGUCACGAAGGUGAGAGCAGAGGAAGAAAAAAUGGUCUUGCACUGAAGGUGAAACAAUUUUCAAAAUCAUCUCUUAAUAGUGAACUGAAAUGGCGGUGUUAUUUGUCCUGCAGUUUGAAUGCUGAAUACACAUCUUUAGAAACGGCUCUUUCAUUGCACUCGGACUGACUGUGAUGUAAUCAGCUUCCACUGCUCUUUCCUGCCUGGUGUUAAGUUACAAAGUCCAUCAUUGUUGUCUUCAGCUGAGGCCUGUCAGUCUAACUCAAAAAUAAAACUCAGAAUACCAGCAUGCUUUCAAAGUUCUUGGCAGAUGGCUGUCCGCUUACGAGUCUGAUUCUGCUCAAGUUUUCUGCCUGUCGAGAGAAGGCUGUGUUCGCUCAGCGGCUGAUAAACUUUGAGUGUCUGUAAUUGUAGAUAAAUAAGUACAGCCCAGACCUACUUUAAACGUAAAGUGUCAUGAGAUAAUCUAAUGUGAUCCAAUCACUUUGAUUGAUUGAUCAAUUUGUCAGUGAGAGUCAAAAGGCUAUUGUAAAGAGGGUGAUCAGGUUGUAAAGAAGAAGAUGGGAUGAAGUUCUCUAAUUGAUCUUUUAUCUAUGUCAGAUAAUUUACAAUGCUUGAGUAGCAUUCAUUUAAUCAGGAUGCACUCAACAAGUCUCGACAGCAGGAGACGUAAUGAUCCAUCAUGCAUUUCAGCCGUACUUAAAAUGUCUCGGACCAUGAAUAAGCGUAAUGUAAUGACCAUUUCGACUCCUUUCCUUCUCCAGGAGCGCAUCGUGUUGCAAACAGUGCGGUGGCGGAUGCGGGUGGACAUUGCAGUCGACCCUGACAUGCCUCUGGGCUCCCGGGCCUCAUUGAUAGGUCGCCCUUACCAGGAGCAGCCGCACAUCCUCAACUACCAGGAGCCCAUCCCUCCCAACGCACUGGGGAGGCCAAAUGCCAAUGAUGCCCAAGUGCUCAUGUGGAGGCCGAGGAGAGGGGCGCCACUUGUAGUCAUACCGCCAAAAUAAGAGACUUGAGAGGUUGCAUAGACUUAAAUAUAAUUAAAUCUUUUUGAAUAAAAAGAGGGUUAUGAGGGCGAGGAUGUCCUGACGCUGAUCAGUGAAGAGAGCACUGAUGGUUUCCCUGAGCUCAAGAUGCCAGCGGCUCAUUAAUCCUGGAAGAUUUAAGAGGACCAUUAUAACAAGCCAGAGUGGAUAUUACAUCCUGGAUCUGACACAAUAUAGUGUCAGCGCUGAGAUUUUUUUCAAGCUUAUUUGACACACGACCAGUGUUGGACUGCUUCUAAGAGUUUUGCCUGCUUUUUGAUGAAGACAGAACUCUGUUUUUUAGAAAUACCACAGAGGUAUUGGACCCCAACAAGAACUGCAUCCUGCAUCCUUAUGUAGAUCUUAUUGCAUGAGCGAAAGAGAGAGAUACAACAAACUGUCCUUGAGAAGUUUAAGAAUAGCAUUUGUUUUGUAUAACUUGAUACCUAAAGACAUUUUGAUUGAAAAAUCAGCCAAAAAGCAACAAAAAAAAACCAAAACCUCGCAGGCUGGUUUAAACCUCGUCAGUGCCAACAACGGCCUUCCUCAGCACACUCAGUAAUUAUGAAAGGAUGUAUUCAGAACAUUUUAAAGAGACAGAGUAUUAUAUAAAUCUUUUUAGUUUAAGAUUAUCUCAUGCAUCAGUCAGAUUGUACUAAGAGCACUCACCUUGCAUAAAAAGUCUGGAAAAAGAAAAACAACUCAGCUGUAGUUUUCUCUGGAGUUUUGCUAACACACCAAAUUUAUGCUCUGACAUAUUUUCAGCUCACAUGACAAGCUGAUAUUGUAUUCAGGUGGGUUACAAGUGAUCAGAUAGAUGAGCUGGUGUUACCACAGUGAAUAAAUAAUACCAGCAUUGCUUUGAAUAGUACAGAGUACAUGACUUGGAUUAGUGCCAUACAACAGAUUUAAAACAAAAGGCUGAUAGCAGGCAAUUGAUCAUCGCUGGAAUGGGGCCGAUUUGUUCUCAGACCCAAGGUCGAUUUGGCAGUAAUCAGGCCAUGGUGCACUACCAAGUUACAUAAAUAUUACAACAAUCAGGGAAUCUGAAUGUACUUUUAACUCUCCCCUUCAUGUGGAAUUAAAUGAGACUACAUUUUCAAAGUGA